GGUGGCGCAGCGCGGUGCCAGGGCCCGGUCGCCGGCGGCGCAGCGCGGUGCCAGGCUCCGGCAGCCUUCGCCUGUGCCCCGGCUUGGUGCAGCUGGGCUGGGAGGUGCUUCUGCGGCGCUGAGGCAGACACGGGGUGAGGGGGCCUGCCUUGUGCGGCUCGCACUAGCAGAUGCAGAAAGGGCUGUGCAGGGUUUGUCUUUUCGUCGUUGAGUCAGUGUCGGAGCGCACAGCAACGUCUCUCUUCCAGACGGCUCCCAGGCGGCGGCUGGACGGAAGGGAACUUGAGGAAGACCCUCUUCUGCUGCCGUUGUGUUUGGUUUGGAGGCUGCUCCGUGGUACCUGCAGCAGGACACCAACAGAUGGUGAGUGACUUCAGGGCAUCUCUGCUGUUAAGAAGGUUCUGUAACAAUUAUGUGGAGCUGAGUAGUUCGGUAUCUCCUGUUACCUAUUUACUUAGAGAAUUUCAUGUUUCAGUACAAUUCUAUUUCCUGAAAGAGAUGAAAAAAGGACUGAAAAGUGGAGCUUGUUCCCUUACCACUCCAGGCAAUUUAGUGGAGUCAAAUCCGGACAGUAACAGCAGCAAUGGAGCCUCAGCAAAAGAGAGAGAUGUGCUUUCCUCUUCUGGAGAGCUGGAAAAUGUACAGCUGAAACCCAGCAGAGAUGCAUCCAGAAAAAAACUCUGUGGCUAUUUAAAUAAGCUGGGCAUCAAGGGGCCAAUCAAGACCUGGAAGUCUCGCUGGUUCUUUUAUGAUGAAAACAAGUGUAAUUUAUUAUACUACAGAACUGCACAGGACAUCAACCCUUUGGGAUCUGUUGAUCUCUCCAGCGCCAGUUUUGACUGCAAGGUGGAAAGUGGGGAAGGGGUUUUUGAGAUCAGAACACCAAGCAGAGUUUUUACUUUGAAGGCAAUCAGCAAUCAGGCAAUGAUGUACUGGCUGCAGCAGCUACAAAUGAGACGUUGGGAAUUUUGCAAUGCUCAAAGCAGAUUUCCUGUGGGCAGCUCACAGCUUGUCAAUGAACCUCUGGCUGGCAGAACAAGUGGUGUUGAUAGUGAAGACUUUCUGCCUCUGGUGAAAACACCGACAGAAGGAGUGGGUUUAAAGGCAGCAUCUUUGCCUGCACCCCAAACAUCUACUGCUUUGCAGAACAUUUCCCUUAAGCACCCUUGGACAGAGAUACAAAACACUGUCUACAAUAUCUGUGGCUCAAAGCAGCUGUGGGGGAGCAGUGGGAAUGUCUUUACCUUCAGUGAAUUCCAGGAGCAUCCUGAGAACCCGGAUGAGGAGCAAGAGGCAGAAGUGGAGGCAGGGUGUGCAGCUAAGGGAGGAACCCUAGAGGAUGAAAGAAUGGACUCCAGGCUGAACUGGGUUAGGAAAGCCAGGUGGAUGAACAGUGGCUUCUCAGGCUUGCCUGAAGAACUGUCCAGGGAGAGGAACCCAAUGGAUAAAGUGAGUGUCCUACAGCAACAGACUCUGACACUCACAGAGGAAGUCAAGUCACAGAAGGAACUGGUUAAACUUCUUCACAAAGCUCUGGAGGCAGCCCAGCAGGAGAAGCGUAUAUCUAGCAUGUAUCUUACUGCAGCAGAAGACAAGGACAGGCUGGAGCUGGUGCGCCACAAAGUGAGGCAAAUCGCAGAUCUUACCAGUCGACUGGAAGCUCUUGAGCAAGAAAAGAAGGAACUGGAGCAGAUAUUGACUCUGAGAGACAGCCAUAUCAAGGAACUCAAGGAGCAUGUGCAGCUCCUGAUGGAGAAGAACCAUGCCAAACAGGAAGUCAUUAUGGCCUUGACAGAGCAGAUGGCCCGAGAACAAUCUGACCCCCUGCAAGAAGCCAACACUAUCACUGUAGAGACAUUGUACAAGCAGCAGGAGGAGAUUGAGCACCUUAAGGAUGAUAUUGAAGCAUACAAAACCCAGAACCAGUUUCUCAAUUCAGAGAUCCACCAGGUUACUCAACUCUUGACAAAUGCUGCUGAGAAUGAAAAAGCCCUUCUGAUGAAGUGUGCCUGCCUGCAAGCACAAAACUGCCAGAUGGAGAGCAAGUACCUGACAGUGUUGCGGAAGCUGCAGGAGGCUGUGCCUGGCCUGCCCAGCUCCCAUGCUGAGUUGGUGAGGAGCCUCAUCCAGGAAGCACUCCAGUGGGAUGUGAAGGAAAAAGCAGAAGGUUUUAACCUGAACCCUGUAAGUGAGUACGAUGAGUACGGGUUUAUGACUGUACCUGAAUAUGAAGUUGAGGACUGGAAACUUCUGGCCAAAAUCCAAGCCCUGGAGAUAAAGUCCAACAACCUGCGGAGCCAGGAAGUAGUAGAGAAGCCCCUCCGUGACAGGUGGAACAGCAUUGGAGAGCUAAGCCCCUCUGCAGAGCUGAAGAACCUGAUCCGAAGCGGCAUUCCAGUGGAGCAUCGCCAGCGGGUCUGGAGGUGGAUUGUCAGCCGGCACUGCGGCCGUCAGCCUGACCACUACCAGCGGCUGCUGCGGCAGAGCAAGAGCACUGAGCACCCUGCCUGUCGGCAGAUUGAGCUUGAUCUGCCCCGCACACUGACUAACAACAAACAUUUUUCCUCUCCCACCUCCCAGCUCAUCCCCAAGCUCCGGAGGGUGUUGCUGGCAUUCUCCUGGCACAAUCCUGCCAUUGGAUACUGCCAGGGACUGAAUAGGUUGGCAGCUGUUGCCCUACUGGUCCUGGAAGAUGAGGAAAGUGCCUUCUGGUGCCUAGUCCAUAUUGUGGAGAACCUAAUGCCAGCAGACUACUACAGUGACACACUGAUAACAUCACAGGUAGAUCAGAGAGUCUUCAGAGACUUCCUGUCAGAGAAGCUGCCUCGCCUUAUGGCUCAUUUUGAGCAUUAUCGGAUUGAUGUCUCACUCAUCACUUUCAAUUGGUUUCUUGUGGCCUUUGUGGACAGCCUGGUCAGCGACAUCCUUCUGCGAGUGUGGGAUGCCUUCUUGUAUGAGGGAACUAAGGUGAUUUUCCGCUAUGCUCUUGCGAUUUUUAAAUACAAUGAGGAGGAAAUCCUGAGAAUUCAUGACAGUGUGGAGAUCUACCAGUACCUACGCUUCUUCACAAGAAUGAUCAUGGAUGGCAGGAAGCUGAUGAACAUUGCUUUCAAUGACUUAAAUCCCUUCCCGAUGAAACUGCUGAAGAACCGCCGGUCGAUGCACAGGGAAGAGCUGGAGGCAGAACUGUGUGAACUGGAACAGAUCAAGGCAGCCUAUGUAAAAGAGAGAGCAGAGCAGGGACCUCAGGACCUGAAGGAGGUUGCUAGUGAAGAGGAAGAAGAGAUUUAACAAAAAGAGUUCCUUAUCACUUCCCUCUCACUUUGCAGUCUUCGGUAGCAACUGUCUGUAAGAGAUGGAGCAGAGGGGGAAAGGUGGUCACAGCAGGAGUUCAUCUGUCUCAGGAAGCAAGGCUGUAAGCAUAUAGGAACAUUUGGGGGACCAUAUAGGACCGAGCUUUGUAAUGGACUGGAAGGUGUCAAAGGCAUUUUACUCUCUUUGGAACUUUUCCUCAUUCAACCUACCCUGUCUUGUGCAGUUCAGGAUUAUAGCUGAUGGUCCAUAGGAAAUACCAGUUGUGCUACCAUGACAGAAGUUGAGAUGAUACCAAAGAACCAGCCAGACAGGAGUUUUCUGCCUUUUCUGAGGGAGGCUUGAAAGAUAUCCUUAUAUACAAGUAAAGUUAGCAGAAAUAAUGAACUGAGAGCACUCCCUCAUUGGUACCUGAAGCUGCUGAAUUGGUGAGGAAGAAAACCUGCUCUAUGAAGGCAUGGUGCCUUCAGUGGAUAGCCUGCCAGGAGAGCGUUGUGUUGAACGUUGCAGUUCCUGAGUCUCUUGAUGAGUGCUGGGCCCAAGAAAGCUCUGGGACCUUGAGGGCAUCUUCCCAUGGGUCUUGGGCUGGGACAGUUGAAAUGUGUUGUGGGAGAGUGCACUUGAAUCUAGUUUAUUUUGUUUCCUCUAGAAGUCAAUGGGAGCAUAAAGUGUGUCUUCCUGCCUGGCUAGGAAAUGCUGGGAGUUAUCUUUCCUCUUUGUUUAGCUCUGAGUAGAGCCAUCUAUGGGUUGGCCUGACCCUGGCAGCACUGUGUCUUCCAGAGGUGGGUUUGCUCCACGAAAAAUCUUUCACCUCAGAGUGAAAUCAACCACAGCCUGGCUGCUGGCAGGGCUUACUUAAUGUUACGGAGAAGUUGACUGCUGUGGACGCCUGGGUUUUCUGAUCACUUCACACUUGACCAGGAUGAGUGUUUGUCCAUCUUCCUCUGCCUCACGGUUUUGCUCUUCCUGUGCCAGGUUUCUGUGUUGACUUUCCUGUGACUCCCAUUCAUAAUGGGAAGGAGGAGAUAAUUUCUGUAGGAGUUUCCAGUAUUGAAGGAAUAUGGAAUAUGGCCCUCUGCUGGUGAACCUACAAACCACUUGGACUAGGUCAGAGAAGAUGGCUUGCUUGAUAAUUCUUUAGAAAAAACAUUAAUUUCCCCUGAACCAAGGAGCUGGCCUUAUGGGUCUGGCACAUGGAGAUGCCCUGCCUACCUCUGGGAAUGGGGUCUGAUUCUCCCCUGCCUCCCAGGAUCAGCCAUCACCUGGACCGUGCAGCUCAAUCCAUCACAGAUCCAGGAUAGGUCAAGUGCUUUAGAUAAACACAACUUUUCCCUAACACAGUGCUAGAACUGCCCUGCUUUCCUGCUGAGCAGUGCUUUAUUCUAGGUGUGCCAGCAGUCCUGUCAUUUUCAGCAUCCAGCAGACUCUGCUGUAAGGCAAGCUUUGCUCUGUGUUUUCAGACUGACCUUGAACUGAAGCCCAUUCAGUGGAUGAUGCCUCUUUCAAACCUCUUGUGGUAUGAAGCCAUCAGUGCUUGCAGAGGAAGCAAAAGGAAAUACUCAUAGCCCAUACUGUUCUCAGCCAGGUGGGCCAUAGGCAGGAUCACAGACUGUAGUGGAAACAGCACCAGUCUCUGUUCACCUGAGACACGUGGUCCGCUUGGGCACACCUGCACAAAUCAGACAGUUUCAAAGCAUUAUAGAAGUCUGAGUUGGGACAGAGCUGUGGAGGCCAACCACACAGCAUGAAAGUAAUCAAAGUGGGUAUUAGAUUUUAGGAAGAGUAGUUGGAUGGGCAAGAGUGAGGUAGAUCCCCUGUAUGUCACUGACAGCUGCACACAUUGGAAGUGUGGGACAAGAAGAAAAUGGUACUGGGGUCUUACCACAGUAUCUCUAAUAAGAAAGCACUGGUUUUAAAAUGAUGCACCUACCUAGAGAAGCUCAAAAGGCAGAAGGUAUUUCUUUACAGAUGAUAUUGCUGAUCUAAUUUACUCAUACUGUUAUGUGCAUGGGUGCACACAAAUACAGAUCUUUGCUACUGUUACGGACUAUUGGAAGGCAUUAUCUUUCAAAUCAAGACUGUGGAAAUUAGAAAUAUAUUUAACUACUGUAUUUUUCCUCAAGCCUUUUGCAGUAGGUCAGAAAUCUUUUCUACCUGACACUGUUUUUUAAGAAAAGAAUUUGAAAACAUAUUAUUAGACCAGCUCACAGGCUGAUGUAUGUCUACAGUAUAUAAAAAGAUAUUGGUCUGUGUGAUAUAUAAUGACCCAUUAAAAAAUAAAUUUUUCUGAAGAAGACAGAAUUGAAA